UGGGGCUUUGGAUCCCCUGAUCCAGUGGGAGGUGUCCCUGCCCAUGGCAGAGGGUGGAACUGGGUGAUCGUUGAGGUCCCUUCCAACGCAAACUAUUCUCUGUGCCCGAGAGCUGUGGGUCAGGGCGUGGGGGGCAGCUUCCCCUGUGCCUCUCAGAGAAGUCAGGAUCAAACCGCAUUGUUCCCACGGGAUUUUGCUCCCAGGGGAGCGAAUGAGAGCGCCGAGGAGAAGCCACUUGGCCAGGCUGCCCUUGGCGCCCGGGUGGGCACGCGCCCGGGGCACAGCUCCAAGGGGAGCCCCGUGCAGGCGGGUGACCCGAGGUCUUGCGGUACGGCCGCAUGACGGCGUGAAAUCGCUCCUCCCGAGCUGCCGGGGACGGGAUUGGGGGGAUGAGGCUCCCCUCCCACCCUCUGGUCCAUAAAUCCUGUGGGCAGCAUCCCUGCGGUGAGGUGGGUUCUCUGCUGGUCCCAUAGCACCCAUGGCGCAGCUGCGGCUCUGCCUCGCCGUCCUGGCCGGGCUCUCGGGGAUCGUGGCCCAGGAAGACCUGUACCGAAAGGUAUUCGUCUUCCGGAAAGACCCCAGCGAUGCCUACGUGCUGCUGAGGGCCAAACUUGAGCAGCCGCUGCAGAACUUCACCGUCUGCCUGCGGUCCUACAGCGACCUGACCCGUCCCUACAGCCUCUUCUCCUACGCCACCAAAGCGCAGGACAACGAGAUCCUCCUCUUCAAGCCCAAGCCCGGCGAAUACCGCUUCUACGUUGGGGGCAAAUUUGUCACCUUCCGCGUCCCUGAGGGCCACGGGGACUGGGAGCACGUCUGCGCUAGCUGGGACUCGGCCACCGGCAUCGCCGAGUUCUGGUUCAACGGGAAGCCCUGGCCGCGCAAGGGGCUGCAGCGCGGCUACACGGUGGGAGCAGAAGCGUCCAUCCUGCUGGGACAAGAGCAGGACGCCUUCGGCGGUGGCUUCGACCUCUACAACUCCUUCUCGGGCGAGCUGGCCGACGUCUACCUGUGGGAUGUGGGGUUGUCCCCAGCCAAGAUGCGAGCGUCCUACCUGUCCCUGACCGUGCCACCCGCUCUCCUGGCUUGGAAGAACCUCAGCUAUGAGGUCAAGGGAGAUGUGGUGGUGAAAUCCCGGCUCCGGGAGCCGCUGGGGCUGUGAUUGCCGGUCCAGGGCUGCUCUUGCUUUGCUCCCCACACCCUCAUCACCCUUCACCUCUACAACCGGCUGAGAAGAAGGUGCCGUCUGCCUCCCCCAGCCGAGGGGCUCUGGCUGUGCUCGGAUGGAGCUGGGGAGGGCUGGAGGCACCGCUCAGCCUGGCGGGGUGUCCCCUCAAGCACCAGCACCCACCACUGACCCCGUCACCUUUCCCUUCCCCACAGCCCUGUGGCACGGACAGGACAGGGAUCCACCAGCUCUGGCACUGCCCAACCGCACGCGAAAGAGCAGAAGUGAGUAGGGAUGAGUCCUUGGGAACACGGGACCCGUUCCCGAUGCCCAACCCCACGCGCACCCACCAUCACUUCAAGGGAGGGGGUUCUGCCCCUCUGUUCCUCUCUGGGGAGACCUCAGCUGAAGGUUCGGAAGGACUGAGGAGCCCUCCGAGCGCCGGUGGAGCCGCGAUUGCCACGGGGCUGUGUGUGUGUGUGUGUGUGUCCCCCACCGCUGUGGAACCCCCAAAGCCAUCAAGCAUCACCGCAAUGAAGAAAUGGGUCCAACGCUCUUUGCCGGACACCGCGGGGCAAUUAAUUCAGGCUCAGA